CCAGGAAGUGCGGAAGAGGGCGAAGCGACCGAAACAGAAGCUCAAGUCUCAACAACUUUUUUUCUUUUCUUUAGCCGUUUUGGUGUCAGAAGAAGCAGCAGCUGAAGAUGCCGAGCAUGGAGAAAAAUCUCUUCAAUCUAAAGUUUGCAGCCAAAGAGCUCCAGAGAAACGCAAAGAAAUGUGACAAAGAGGAAAAAGUUGAGAAGGCCAAAGUGAAGAAGGCCAUCCAGAAGGGGAACAUGGAGGUGGCCCGGAUCCACGCGGAGAACGCCAUCAGACAGAAGAACCAGUCGGUGAACUUCCUGAGGAUGAGCGCUCGGGUUGACGCGGUGGCGGCGAGGGUCCAAACGGCGGUCACCAUGAACCAGGUCACUAAAUCCAUGGCUGGAGUGGUGAAAGGCAUGGACGCCACCCUGAAGAGCAUGAACCUGGAGAAGAUCUCAGCUCUCAUGGACAAAUUCGAGCAUCAGUUUGAAACUCUGGACGUUCAGACGGCCCAGAUGGAGGACACCAUGAGCAGCACCACCACGCUCACCACGCCUCAGAACCAAGUGGAUUCGUUGCUGCAUGAGAUGGCAGAUGAAGCAGGUUUGGACCUGAACAUGGAGCUCCCCCAAGGACAGACCGGAUCAGUGGGUACCAGCGUAGCCUCUGCAGAACAGGACGAACUCUCCCAUAGGCUCGCCAAGCUCCGAGACCAGAUGUAAAGAAUCUGUGCUGUGGAGCAGAACCGGAACCCAGAGCUCUACUGAUACACACUACCUGAAUAUAAACAUGUUUUCCCUCUUUGUUUUUUUACAUAUUCUGUGUGGUGAGCAGCGACUGUCAUGAAUAAUCUCCUCCUAAAGCUAACGGCUCCUCUCGGUGUUUCAUUUCCAGCUUUAUAAUGUUUACUAAAUUAGAAACUGAAAUCAGAAAGGUUUUAAUAGAAUAAAAGGUUUGAUUCUGGAGGAAAAGGAAUAUUUAUAAACCCUUCAAAUAUAAUCCCAACAGGAAAAAGGAGAUUUAUGAGUUUUUAUUUAUCUUUCAUUUUCAGAAAUGCUCUCCAGGUUUUGUAUAAAAGUGGGACGUGUUUCGCGUUGAUCUUUACCCCUUCCAUUGAUGAACUGACCUCUUUUCUGAUUGAUUGUUUUCUUUGUGGUGAAGGAGGUCCUGGGAGGUUUCGUCGCCUUUCAAGGGUUUCCUCUCAUUGUUUGGGAAGGGUUCAAAUUAAGAGAACAAACAAUAAAGUUUUAUAAUACUCAGAUAAA